AUGUCGGAAAUCGAGCGUCUCCGUCACUCCGUCGAUGAUGCGAAUUUGAUGCGGGCCUCGGAGGUAGAGGCCGCCUUGAAGUCGCUGAGUGCAGCGUUGAAGAAUGACCUACUUGUUGAUGGUGAUUCGGACGAAUAUGAGGGAGACCAGAGCAUGCUGUUGGCGAGAUCUGAACCAGGGACCUCUCGGGAUAUGCUCGGACAGAAAUCGAGAAGCUUCCAGAUAGAAGCGGACCACAUUCUUGAUAAACUAGACGCUGAUCACAUGCAUGGUGUGAAACGAGGAAACAGAAUCGCUGGUUUCGUCCCGGGCGUGAACAUGCCAGCACUAGCGCCAGGACCGAAUAAGAACCCUCUCGGUAACAAUCGAUUCAUAUCUUCCCCGCCGAACAUCAAUACGUUGAGUACUACUGAGCUGAGCCGAGAGAGAUCGGCGGCGUUGGAUUUCCGGUCGGAGAUGCCCGGGCAAGUCCCUAGUGCUGAAGCGUCUCAGAUUGUGGAAGAAGCGAGGGAGCGACUACUAUCAGACGGGAGCGAGAGAAUGACCCGAAUCGAGCCUCUCCAUUCAGUUAGUGACAACCACUGUUGGCGGCCCUCAAUAGAGGAGAAAACACAGGGGAGAGCUGAAGCACGUCGACGGCAGAGAGUUCAACUCGGAGAGGGCCGUUCUGCGUCCAGUGAAGAGGCAGGGCUUCGGGAUAUGAAGCAGUUCAGUGCUAACAACACCAACUCAAGCGGGGAGUCGGGGUGUGCGAAGAAGAAAGAGAUGGUCUAG